GCGGGAAGGUCCGGUACAGGCGCACUGCUGAAAGCGAGCCGGCACCGAGCCGAUUCUCUUCUCCGAAGCUCGCGCUUUUCUUUUGCAUGCUCACGCGCACAGUGAGGAGGUUUUGCGGGACCGGGGGUCCGGGCCGGUAACCGGAGCGCGCACAGCGGAGGCGGAAAUAAAAGAAAGGAGGAAAAAGCGCUCCGUGUGUCGGGAGAUGGGACGCGCGGCUGCGCUCCAUCCGGUCCGCGCAGAGACAGCGAGCGCGAGCGCUCUGACACACCGGACACAAUGGAACAGAUGCUCGCGCUGAUUUAGGCCGAGAGACCCAGCCGUCUCUCUCUCUCUCUCUCUCUCUCUCUCUCUCUCUCUCUCUCUGUCUCUCUCUCUCUCUCUCUGUCUCUCUCUCUCUCUCUCUGUCUCUCUCUCUCUCUCUCUCUGUGUGAUCUAUAAAAGCGGGAGAGAUUGAUGCGCGCGGAAGCUUGAGAUUUCCGAGAUGACGGAGGGCCGGAGAUGUCAGGUCCAUCUCCUGGACGACAGGAAAUUGGAGCUUCUUGUGCAGCCCAAGCUGAUGGCGAAGGACCUGCUGGAUCUGGUAGCGUCGCACUUCAACCUGAAAGAGAAAGAGUAUUUUGGAAUCUCUUACACAGACGACACAGGUCACUUCAGCUGGCUGCAGUUAGACAGGCGUGUGCUGGAGCACGAGUUUCCCAAAAAGUCCGGCCCCAUCGUCCUCUACUUCUGUGUGAGGUUUUAUAUCGAGAGUAUCUCUUACCUGAAGGACAACGCCACCAUCGAGCUGUUCUUCCUCAACGCCAAGUCCUGCAUUUAUAAGGAGCUGAUAGAUGUGGACAGUGAAGUCGUCUUUGAACUGGCCUCCUACAUAUUGCAGGAGGCCAAAGGAGACUUCACGAGUAAUGAUGCCACACGGGCAGACCUGAAGAAACUGCCCGCUCUGCCCACACAGGCCCUCAAAGAGCACCCGUCCCUCGCUUACUGUGAGGACCGAGUGAUCGAGCACUAUAAGAAGCUGAGCGGCCAGUCCAGGGGUCAGGCCAUCGUCAAUUAUAUGAGCAUAGUGGAGUCAUUGCCUACAUAUGGAGUGCAUUACUAUGCGGUUAAGGAUAAGCAGGGGAUCCCGUGGUGGUUGGGGUUGAGUUAUAAAGGCAUCUUUCAGUAUGACUACCAAGACAAAGUGAAACCCAGAAAGGUGUUUCAAUGGAGGCAGCUGGAGAAUCUAUACUUCAGGGAGAAGAAGUUCUCAGUGGAAGUUCACGAUCCUAGAAGCAGGGCGUCGGUAACGCGAAGGACGUUCGGACACAGCGGCAUCGCCGUGCACACCUGGUACGCCUGCCCCGCCCUCAUCAAAUCCAUCUGGGCCAUGGCCAUCAGCCAGCACCAGUUCUACCUGGACCGCAAGCAGAGCAAGUCAAAAAUCCACGCAGCACGCAGCCUGAAUGAAAUAGCCAUUGACCUCACAGAGACGGGCACGCUGAAGACCUCGAAACUCGCCAACAUGGGCAGCAAGGGCAAGAUCAUCAGCGGCAGCAGCGGGAGCCUUCUGUCCUCGGGCUCUCAGGAGUCAGACAGCUCUCAGACAGCUAAGAAGGACAUGUUGGCAGCUCUACGUGCUCGGCAAGAGGCUCUGGAAGAAACACUCAGGCAGAGGAUAGAGGAGCUCAAAAGCAUCUGCAUUAGAGAAGCGGAGCUGACUGGUAAGCUUCCUAAAGAAUAUCCUUUAGACCCCGGAGAGGAGCCGCCUACAGUACGGCGCAAAAUCGGCACGGCCUUCAAACUGGACGAACAGAAGAUCCUCCCCAAAGGAGAGGAGGAAGAGCUGGAGCGUUUGGAGAGGGAGUUUGCUAUCCAGUCUCAGAUCACGGAGGCAGCGCGACGUUUAGCCAGUGAUCCUCACGUGAGCAGUAAAAAGCUGAAGAAGCAGAGGAAGACAUCGUACCUGAAUGCACUAAAGAAGCUGCAGGAUAUCGAGAACGGCAUCAACGAGUACCGUAUACGCUCGGGCAAGAAACCCACGCAACGUGCCUCACUCAUCAUAGAGGAGGCAAAUAUCGGCUCGGAGGACAGCUCUCUCUCUGACGCUCUGGUGCUAGAUGAUGAUGAUCCCCAGGUAGCAGGGACGCCCACCUUCUCUCCAGUUUCCUCCCCUCAUAAAGGCCUUCCUCCUCGGCCUCCGUCGCACAGCAGGCCUCCUCCUCCUCAGUCUCUGGAGGGUCUCAGGCACCUGCACUACCAGCGCAGCGACUACGACAAAUCUCCCAUCAAACCCCGCAUGUGGAGCGAGAGCUCACUCGAUGAGCCCUAUGAGAGGGUGAAGAAACGCUCCUCCCACUCCAGCAGUCACAGGCGGUUCCCCAGCACAGGCAGCUGUGAGACUGGAGGUAGUAACUCUUUGCAGAACAGCCCAGUGCGCACGCUGCCUCAUUGGAACAGCCAAUCCAGCAUGCCCUCUACUCCUGACCUGAGGACCAGGAGCUACGUCCAUUCAGCCAGCCUGUCUCAGCCUUUCCGUGGGCGGAGCUCCAGCCUGGAGUCUCAGGGGAAGUUGCUGAGCCUAGAGGCAGGACCAGAGGCGGAGCUUAGCCCAGACCUCUUCCUGUCAGGGCCACAGCGUGCAGGAAGCAGUGGCUCGGUAGUGCCAGAUGACUGCUCAUCGUGCACCAGCCACUCGAGCUCCGAGCACUGCUGCCCACCGGCAGGCACCAACCCCAACUACCGCACCCUAGCUGAGGACUCGCCUUCUAGAGCACGCCAACGUCAGCGCCAGCGCCACAAAUCCGCCGGCCACCUGGGCACCUCUAGUUCGGGCAGCAUGCCUAACCUGGCUGCACGUAAUGGUGGGACUCCUGGAACAGCCCACCAGGGCGUUUACCUGAACAGCCAGAGCCAGCCAUCAUCACAGUACCGCAUUAAGGAGUAUCCGCUGUACCCGGCAGGCAGCAGCCCGGGCGCCGUGGUGGUCCGCAGCCUGGAGAGUGACCAGGAAGGCCACUACAGCGUCAAAGCACAGUUUAAGACGUCCAACUCGUACACAGCCGGAGGCCUCUACAAGGAGGGCUGGGGGUCAGCAGGGGAGGAUGGUGAGGGCAGCAGUGCCAGUGGCAGUGCCAGGCUCACACCGUCUAGGUCUCAGAUAGUGAGGACUCCGUCUGUAGGGAGGGAGGGAGGAGGGAACAGAGUGGCCGUGUCUGAGGAGCUAAGGUGCUGGUACCAGCGUUCGUCCGGAUCGCUCAAAGAGCAUGCACGUCUCACGCACACCAGUUCGAACACAGGGAGAGUUGGCACACUCGCUAAGGGCUCACCGGCCGCCUCUCCACACAGCCAGAGAAGUGGAACUCCAUGUAGUGAGUUAGCAGCAACACCACCCUGCAGUCCCCAGCACAUCCUCAACUGGCAGAGCGGAUCUUUCAGCGACAGCUGUUUCCUGAGCAGUCCCCUGUGCUCUGAGCUCGCCGACGUGCAGUGGUAUGGACACGAGAAGGCCAAGCCAGGAACUCUGGUCUAAACCCGUCCCUCCAUCCCUCUCCUGCUUCAUCCCUUUCUUCCCGGAACAGUGUUCUCUGGGCAGAUCUGUCCACAGGCUGGACCUCAACACAUAUAUUAUAGACAUACUGACGGCUGGAGCCAGUACCCUUUCACCUUCUCUCUGUCUCUGUGCAUAUCCAGCAGUACAGUGGCUCUGGACUUUGGGAUCAUGGCGGUCGGACCAAACUUUGACCUUGCUGACCCUCCCACUGCGUAUCGUAUGAACUCUGAACUGUGACCCAGUUAGCUGCCAGCGAGUUGCUCCGUAUGCACAAAACCCUUCAUCCAAUCCCAUCGCUGGAGUGAUACACCAGGGGUGUGGCCUCUCUCUCUUUUGGAGAUGUGUUUGUAUGCGUGCGUGCGCGCGCGCGCGUGUGUGUGUGUGUGCGCAUUCUAAUGAACUGCCCCAUGUAUGCAUACUCAAACGCACACGUCAGUGUGUAAUUCGAAGGAGACAGAAGAUAAGGAGCACACGCACUCCUGCAGAACGUUGCUGUUGGCCAUUUUGUUCUCUAACCUUCAUGUGCACUGUUCUGUCGGAGUAACUACAAUGAAUCAUACGACCCAGUCCACCGAGUGAACCAUGAAGCCUGUUUCCCAUUUUAUAAUGUUCUGUAAAAAUAUGUGCGUAAAUAAGUGAGACCACAAGACCGCAAGAUGACAAAAACACCCUCUUGGAUGUGAAUCAUUCAAUAAAAGCAGCAUUAUUGACAUUUCUCAUUUAAAAAAUAGUCCUGUUAGGGAUUAAACGAUUUUCCAACACUUCCCAAAAGUGAGUGAUGACGGAAACAUGGUACUCACCGGAAACAAGCUCACUACAAAGCACUGCAAUGACAACUGAAUCCAGGGAAUUGGACCAGUCCUGAAAAUCUUUACACCACUUCGAAAGAUAUAGUUAUAAUAAAUUAUACAUGAACAUAUGACAGUUGUUCAUCUUGGCUGGCGUUGAGUGGUCUAGCAGAUAUAUUCCAUUCAGCUAUCAUGCUAGCUGAAUGGAAUAUAUCUGAUAUACCAUGAAAAAAAGUCAGCCAAUAUUAUUAUUAUUAUUAUACAUACGCAUUCUUUUCAGGUGUUCAAUGUGUCUGUCUUUCAAAAUUCUCUCAAAAUCUUCCGUAUUUAAAGGGGAACUGAAGGCAAACUUUUUAAGAUCAAAAUUCUAUUUCUCUCAUUUUAUUAAAUAUAGGAAUGCGUUUUUGAUCGCUAUUUUGUCGCUGCUACAGCAAGUUAUGAGUGUUUGAAAUACGCUCUGUAAUAUAUCAGUCCAUAUGUCGAAGCAAUGGGCGUAAACGAGAUUCGCUGAGACUUGUGCGAGACAUCGUAGGACGGAAGUAAAACGUACAGCGCAAAUCAAAGUGACCGACGUCUGCCAACGUUGUCAAAAGACGCGCGCGCCCUCUUUCGAAUGCUGAUGUAAUCAAGCCGGAAGUUUUGUUUGUUUUGAUAGCGAUCAGGAAAGUUUGAAAAAAGUAAGCAGUAAUCGUCAUUUAAACUCGUUUUUGUGCAAUACUUCGUUUGGAAAACAGUUUUCAAAGUGGUGGCGCUGACACUUGACGUUUCGAAGUCUCGCACAAGUCUCGUGAAGAUCGCGCGGAUAAGCGACGCCUGCCAAACGAACUAAAUUCAGCAUGGCUAAAAACCGAAUAGGCCGAUAAGUCUCAUCUCAUCUCAUUAUCUGUAGCCGCUUUAUCCUUCUACAGGGUCGCAGGCAAGCUGGAGCCUAUCCCAGCUGACUACGGGCGAAAGGCGGGGUACACCCUGGACAAGUCGCCAGGUCAUCACAGGGCUGACACAUAGACACAGACAACCAUUCACACUCACACCUACGGUCAAUUUAGAGUCACCAGUUAACCUAACCUGCAUGUCUUUGGACUGUGGGGGAAACCGGAGUACCCGGAGGAAACCCACGCGGACACGGGGAGAACAUGCAAACUCCACACAGAAAGGCCCUCGCCGGCCCCGGGGCUCGAACCCAGGACCUUCUUGCUGUGAGGCGACAGCGCUAACCACUACACCACCGUGCCGCCUAGGCCGAUAAGUAUAAUAUUUAAUUACAAUUAGUUGCCAAUACGAGUCAUGAUAUAAGGUUACUAAAACCGAAAACGUAAUUGAAGAACACGUUAAUUAAGAAAUAAAGCAAGUUUAAAAAUGACUUCAGUUCUCCUUUAAUGAAUCAAACCUGGCAGCCAUGUCUGUUUACAAACUGUCACAGUCGCUCGCUAGCGCAGAAGUGUUACAUCUCCGACAUGUGACGUCAUGUUGUCUUGACAACCAUGCAAUAUCGUAACCCAUAUUCAACGCUCAUUCUCCAUUGGGUAGAGUGACGUAAUACACGUAGGAUAAGCGAUAUGCUAACAAUAUUGCAUGCUAUCGAACCAAAUGAAUGAAACCUGCUAGAAGGGAAUAGAACACGUUUUCAUUCUAUCGAAAAAGUGUCCUGUAUGUAUAACAAUUAAUCCAAGGGCAUGAAUGAAACUCCGUCCUCCAAAGUCCAACAAUCAAUAAAAAGAGGCAUUGUUUCAGGAAACUCCAUCUCAUUAGUGUUUCAGUAGCAUCGAAUGAGCAAAACAGGUUAAAACCAGACACUUUUAGCUAACUAGGAUAUAAAUUGUACUCAAAGUGCUAAAGCUCAAAAUAUUUUGAUCACCAAUAAUAAUAAUAUGAGCUCAGAUUGGAUCAUAACACUCAAACAGGUUAGCAUUAACGUAGUGGUUUCACAAACUUGAAUAAACAUCAGAACCAGAAAUAUUAAUACAAAAACAUGUCAUUUAUUAAAGUAAUUACUUAUAAUGUACCUUUAAUACGAGUGGCUUGGUUUGUUGAUGUCAUGACCAUCCAAGAGUGCUGAACAAAGUCUAAGCUUAUAGAAAUACAGACACAAAGACGAGAUGUCCUCUCGUUUGGUUGGUUUUUUAUGCUGUCUGAUUUAGACUAGAGCUGUUUACUGGGACCAGGACCCCAUGGGACGUAAAAAAAAAAAAACAACAUGCAAGUGAAAGGUUUUGACUUUCAUGUGGGUUAGUUUAAAUUAGGCUGCUCGGUAGUUGUAUAGCUUGGAAUUAAAUUAUUUGAAAAAAUAAAUAGAAAGUAGAACUAAAAAUACAAACUGAAUGAACAGGAUUAAAAACAGUCCCGUGAACAUCUCGAGUUGAGACCUACUAAGUCGAGACCAAGCUUAUGAACUAAGGUUGUAGAACUUUUUGAGAGGACGCCAGAACAUCCAGAACAGGCCACGCCUACUUUGGGUUUCUAAAUAUCUGAAAAAUCUGAAUAAGCACUAAACAAAUUACAGAUACAAAUGGUGGCAUUGUGUUCCAUCAGAAACAUGAUCUGUUGGUGGAAGCCAUGGCCUAAUGGUUAGAGAAGCAGCUUUGGGACCUAAAGGUCACUGGUUUGAUUCCCUGAACCUGCAGGAACGGCUGAAGUGCCCUUGAGCAAGACAUCUAACCCCCAAAUGCUCCCCAGGGUACGUUGUAUGUUGCUCUGGAUAACAGCGUCUGCUAAAUGCUUGGAAUGUAAUGAACAUGAUCAAUAAUAUAAAAGAGACUAUUCAUCUCAUCUCAUUAUCUCUAGCCGCUUUAUCCUGUUCUACAGGGUCGCAGGCAAGCUGGAGCCUAUCCCAGCUGACUACGGGCGAAAGGCGGGGUACACCCUGGACAAGUUGCCAGGUCAUCACAGGGCUGACACAUAGACACAGACAACCAUUCACACUCACAUUCACACCUACGGUCAAUUUAGAGUCACCAGUUAACCUA